AAAGUAUAAAAUCGCUGAGCUAGAGACUGGGACCAGUUCGCCAUUAUUGCAAUUCACCGGCACCUUCCAACACUUUCUCUCUCCUUCUCUUUUCUGUAGUUAUAAGAGCAGUCAAAGCUGAGCUCUUAGUUGAAGCUUUGUCAACUUGUUCUCCUUUAGGAAAGCUCUCUCUGAGCUUCUCAGCCACCCGAAUAUUACUCAAACCCAAAACCCACUUCUCUCUCACACAGCGUGUAAAAAUCGUCCUCGGCUUCGCUGAAAAGGAGGAAGGAAAAUCAAAAGCGUAGUUGGCUUUCAUGGGGAUUUGCUUGAGUGCCCGAAUUAAAGCUGAGAGCCCUUGUAACACAGGGGCAAAUUCGAAAUAUGUUAGCACAGAUGGAAACGAUUUUAGCAGUUCGAGUAGCAAGGUCUCGUCAUUUUCAGCGCCUCUGACUCCUCGGAGUGAGGGUGAGAUCUUGCAGUCCACCAAUGUGAAGAGCUUUAGUUUUGCUGAACUCAAAAUGGCCACCAGGAAUUUCCGUCCUGAUAGUGUGUUAGGAGAAGGUGGUUUCGGCUCCGUUUUUAAGGGGUGGAUUGAUGAGCAUACAUUUGCUGCUGCCAAGCCUGGGACUGGCAUGGUUAUAGCUGUUAAAAGGCUUAAUCAAGAAAGUUUUCAAGGUCACAGGGAGUGGUUGGCAGAAGUUAAUUAUCUGGGACAGCUUUAUCAUCCUCAUCUUGUGAAAUUGAUUGGCUAUUGCUUAGAGGAUGAACAUCGACUGCUGGUGUAUGAGUUCAUGCCUCGAGGCAGCUUGGAAAAUCAUUUAUUCAGGAGGGGUUCAUAUUUCCAACCUCUUUCUUGGAACCUCCGUCUGAAGGUUGCCCUUGGUGCUGCAAAGGGGCUUGCCUUUCUUCAUAGUGCUGAAACAAAAGUGAUAUAUCGGGACUUCAAGACUUCUAAUAUUCUGCUUGAUUCGAGCUACAAUGCAAAGCUCUCUGAUUUUGGGUUGGCCAAGGAUGGGCCGACAGGCGAUAAAAGUCAUGUCUCUACCAGGGUUAUGGGGACCUAUGGAUAUGCUGCUCCAGAGUAUCUAGCUACAGGUCAUCUUACUACCAGAAGUGAUGUCUAUAGUUUUGGGGUUGUCCUACUAGAAAUGUUGUCUGGUCGGAGAGCAGUUGAUAAGAAUCGACCAUCUGGAGAGCACAAUCUGGUAGAAUGGGCUAAACCCAACCUUGCAAACAAACGUAAGAUCUUCCGAAUCCUAGACAACCGUCUUGAAGGCCAAUAUACAAUGGAUGUAGCCUAUAAGGCUGCGACACUUUCAUUGCGAUGCCUAUCCAUGGAAGCCAAGUUCAGGCCGACGAUGGAUGAAGUUGUAACAGCAUUGGAGCAGCUCCAGGAAUCAAGGGAUACUGAAGGCGUUCAGAAAACUUUGAGCAACGGACCCAGGACUCGAAGACGAAGUGCAGAUGAUGCUCACCCGGAAAGGAAACCUGCUGCUUACCCCCGGCCCUCUGCUUCCCCUCUAUAUGCUUGAAAACUCAAUAGCAGAACUUGAGAAAAGCUGCUUCUUUGUUCUGCUAAUAACUGUACAGAUCAUAUUUCGGCUAGCGUAUUCGAAAGAUCAAUCUCUUGACAAUUUCCUGGUGAGCUUUUAACAGAGGAAUGCCACAGUGAUAUAUAUAUGCCUUACAGAUAUAUGUUUGUAACAAUUUGGAAACAGCUUGGAAAAUAGGGAUGCAAGUGCAAUUGUAUGAUGACUACAGGUAGCUGUCCUUUUUCUUUCAGCCUGGGGUGGUAUAUCUUCCUUUUGUUUUACUAUUAGAUGGGUCUGUCUGUCUCUCAUUUACAUGUAUCAGUUUGUUGUAAUGUCUCUAUAUCUGUUUUUUCCAAAGAAGGAAAAGAGACGAAAUCCAGCCAUUGAUAUGAUUGUUUCUCUGUGAUUAUGAAGUUGUUAUUCUUUUC